AUUACCAAAAUCCAAGAUUAUUAUCAACAAUUUAAAACCUUUCUAAUUACACACAUAAUGCCAUUAUUUUCACUAAUUUGGAAUCAAACACAUUUUCCUAAUUUUAACCCUUGUACCACUCUUGACACUACCCCCACCUUCUUCUUCAUCUUCUCUCUCUUCCAUUCACAAACUGCAACUCUGUCCAACAAGAAAACGGAUACUUGUAUUACCAAACAAAACUAACAAACAAAAUAAUCAAACAAUAAUCCAAGAUUCUCCCUAAACUAUUCAAUUCCUUACUUCAAUAGUCCAAUUUUACUACUCUCACUCUUCUUCUCUUUCCUCCUCUUUCCAACUCACUUGUCAGUGAUUCCAUAACCCUAAUUCAAGCAAUCUAAUUCCCCUUUUUCUCCCUCAAUUUUGCUCUGCAAUUUCUUUGAUCUAGCCCCAUUUCAAUGGAUUCUUACCGGAAUCCUCAAAAGGGUCGUCGCCGGGAACAACAAUCUCGCCGGAAAACCGCCAUUACAACCACUGCAAAACCAUCUUAUUCUUCAUGGUGUUGUUCUUUCAAAAGCCCACCAAAAUCCCCUGAAACCCUUUCGAUUUCUUCUUCCAAAACACCCCACAAAAUUGUGGGUCCACCCAUUUCUGAAACCUUGUCAAAAUCCCUUAAUUCUUUCCCUAAUUCACCUCAGAGCUCCAAAUCUGGGUUGGGUAUAGUUAGUCGGAUCGACCGUCGUCGGAUUCUAUCUCCGGGUCGGGUUUCCCCAAUUGAUUCGGAUAUGAUUCCGCCUAAAAUUAGCAAUGUGGGUCAGGAGCAGGAACUGAGUCAGGAACUGGGUUCAACUCGGAAGGUUGAUUUGGGGGAGGAGAGAGAAAAUGGGGGUUUGGAUGAUGGCGGGGUUAGUGAGGAGGAAGGUGUGUUUGAUGUGAGGUUGAGUUUGAAGGGGAAAUAUGGUGGUGGGUGUUUGGUUUUGGAGUUAAAUUCUAAGGUUUUGGGGGAAAAUAGUUGUUUGUUUGAUGGGUUGAUUAAGAAUUCCAAGAAGAAUGGUGGGUUUUGUAGGAUUGAGGUUCCUGAGGUUGAGAAUUUGGGUGUUUUUAGGGAGACUAUUGAGCUUAUGUUUGAAGAUGAUAUCACUAAGAAGCUCAUUAAGAUUGGAGCUUUUCGCACCAUCGAUAUUCUUGAGGUAUCGGCAAGCAUCAAGUUCAACCGAGGCAUUCACUCCUGCUUAAAGUAUCUUGAGGCUGUUCCUUGGACGGAGGAAGAGGAGGAGAAGCUUAGGAGACUCUUCACAAAGUUCAAGUUUGAUGAUGGAACUAAUAAUGAGAUAUUCUCUAGGCUCAACCUCAAUGAUUGUAAUUCUCCUCAGCAGAAUUUGGCAAGCCAGAUUGUUCGUUCCAUCACCACUUGUGGAAAUGCCAAAGCAAGAAAUGAGCUCAAAUCCAUGGUUACGGGUCUCUUAUCUAAAAGCUCAGUUUAUGAGAAAGAUUAUCUUGAUAUCAGCAAAGAGGAUCUCUACUCCCUCUGUAGGUGUAGCAUAACUUCCCUGAUUAGCCUUUUCCAAGAGGCCACUGACACUGCCCCUCUUGAGCAGGCUAGUAGCAAAAAAAACUUAGAAAAACCCUUAAUUGAGUCCAUAUCGUGGCAGGUUGAAAACAUUAAUUGGUUGUUAGAAAUCUUACUCGAUCGUCAGAUGGCAGAAGAUUUCGUUGACUUGUGGGCCUGUCAAAAGGAUUUACUUGAAAUGCAUCAAAAAGCGUCACCUAUGGUGAGGUAUGAACUAAGCCGUCUCUCGGCAGUUCUGUUUGUUGCCAUGGGGACAAGGAAAUUGCAAUGCCAGGCUGAAUCAAGGUUUGGGCUUCUCAACUCGUGGUUUAGUCCUAUGCUUCUGGACUUUGGUUGGUUGCAGAGGUGUAGAAAGGGAUUGAAUGUGAGGGAAUUGGAGGAAGCUAUGGGUCAAUCCCUCCUUACACUUCCUCUGAAGCAGCAGUAUGCAUUGUUCAUGGAAUGGUUUAGAUGUUUCUCUAAGCAUGGAACUGAAUGCCCUAAUCUUAGCAAAGCUUUCCAGAUUUGGUGGCGCAGAUCAUUCUUAAGAGGCUCAGAAACUCAUGCAAUUGAAUCGAGAUAGCUGUGUCUCCGUCUUUUUACUUUCCUACUCAUUUUUCCCCACUUGUGUAUUGUUGCAAUAUUGUAGGAUUGGCUUUGUAGAAUAUGUAGUUUGUGUGUAGAAAGUAAGAGCAAGGCAUAAUUAACGACCCUUGUUCUCAGCAGAAAUUGAUUGCUUUUUUCUCUAUGAAUGGAAAAUUUGCUUUUGACAAUGAACAUCCAACUGAAGAUAAAAAAAAACCAUAACAUUUCGAAAGCACUCCAUCUUCUUGUAUAAAAAAAACCCUUGCUAGAAUAGUGAUAAUGAGUUCAUCGGAAA